AUUCCACCACUAGACAUUUACCGAUGCAAAACGUCUUGCCCAAGAAGACCAAGAGCUUAAACUACAGGUAAGAUAAAAACCGAUUCAAUUUCAAACAGAAGCAACUCGACGAUAAGAAUGAUGUCACUUGUUCUCUUCGGGUCACUAAAGCGGCCAUUAUCGCUGGCUCUCCGACGCCCGGCUCGAUCAAGACCCCUGCUAAAGACUAUCGCGCUUCUACUCUUAAGACUUCACCCAAUCCAUCUUUUAGCUCAUCUUUUAGCUCAUCCUCAUCUUCGAAAGCAGAAAAGUGGACACAUCAGAUCAUGAGUGGACACAGAUGAGGAUUGUAGUCUAGUCCUGAUCACGAAUGAUCACACAUGACAUGAGUUCUAAUGCAACUCACAACUCACCUUCUCUGUCCUUUCGUGCAAGGCUUCACCGCCGUCUAUCCACAAGGCGACUCGCUAGGACCGUUUCUCUACCUCGGAAAUGAAGAUGACGGCCAUUUGGAAGAGGAUUUGAGAUUGUUGAGGAUAAAGCAUAUUCUCAUGAUUGCGACUGGUUCCAAUUUUCCCCUUGCUGUUAUACUUUUGGAUACUUUUUUUACUUGGAAUUUAUUAUUAUAGUAUACAUAGGAGGUGAUACGAAUGCACUUGCACGACCUUAUAAUCAUUUUUAUGAGUAAGUGAUAUUAGUGACUACGGACUACGUCUACGUACCUACACCUAAUGCAUCACCAGCCAGCCACAACGCAACUGACGGCCGUAUGGUUCUGGAGAAACAGAGAGACCGUGUGAACUAUGAGUUUCUUCUCCAGCCUAAAGACGACUAUCAACUCUCUACGAGUGAGAUUAUGCGAGGUGUCGAAUUCAUCGAAAAAAGUUUUGCCGAAGCUCAUGCUUUACCACAACUGGGAGACGCAGGUCUACCAGCUGCGCAUGUUCUGAUUGUUUCCAGAGAUGGUUGCAACCGAGCCGGGACUAUUGCUUAAGGCUCAACUUUCAAUGGAGGUCAUAUUUUAGAUUGGAGUCACCAUUUAUAGAUUUCGAAGAGGCGACCCCUUCCUUCUUGAGAGAACCAACAGGGGAAAUAUGCGAAGGGAAAGGGGAGAGCUUUGAAGGGGGUCUCUUCCGUUCAGAGUCACUUGCCAGUGAAUGCUGAACUUUAAACUGCAGCGGCGUACGUGUUGAGGAAAUUGAAGUUGUCGGUGAGUCAAGCCGUGAGCUAUGUGCGGCAAGCGCGUUCUUGUUUUCAGCCGACAGAAGUGGUGGAGGACAAUCUGUAUAGCCUAAUAGAAUCGCCGGAUCAAGACGACGCAGAGGAAGGAGGAGAGGAAGAUGAGUAUGGCUGCAUGGAAUUGGUGUACUAAAAGCAAAAGAACUAGAAUCAAAAGAUUUCGAUUUGCAUGAAUACAUGGAACAAGCAGUCGCCUCGAUCCUGAGUACUGCCAAUGCCUGAUACAACGUGUAGAAAUUACUAUUUGUACAAGUACUAGGUAGAUAUUUAUAGGUUUGGUGCGUACAAUAGAUGCUUACGCUACUUGUAGGUGUGAAUGUGCCCAUCCUUCAUUCCUCACACGCUGCCAUCCAUGCAUCGCAGCCAGAAAGGCGAGUCAGCGCCAGAGUCACAGACGCUAUGCGUGAUGAGAAGAAAGCAGACUACAUGAACCGGUGUCAAAUGCUCCACGACGCUUUUUGGUACUACGGCGAUUUAGAACCGCUGCAAGGUGGUGAGUGCCUCUACGAUAUACCCACAGCAGCCGACUGUUGCCAAGCCUGCGAUGAUCAUCCCGAAUGUGCCAAGUGGAGCUAUGGCUUGGCAGGCAAAGAGCGAAAGAGGUGUUACUUGAAGCGGUCAGGGGAUGGGUAUUUGGCAGAUAGGCCACACUUUUUGAGUGGAAGGACGACUUUGCAAAAGAAGAAAUUACGGGUGAAGGAUUCUGAUGAGGAGGGUCCUGGUGCGGGUGGGAGUGGGAGUGAGUUGUGAACAUCAAUGCUUGUGCAACGCUGCUCUCAAAAAGUCUGCAAAUUCACAGAACUUCCCAUAUUAAGUACCUUUUCUUUUCGCAUUUUUCACGUUGUCGGAAAGAU